AUGAGCGUCGAAAAUCUCCGCAAGCAAAGAAGCGGGUUAAAGGGAAAAAUAACGAACAUAAGAAACUUCAUCAUCAAGGCUGAGAAAGAUGCGGAGAACGUGCUACCGGGAGAAAUUACGGCCCGCCUUCAAGCGUUGGAGGACACGCAUUCGAAAUUCCAGGCUGUAGCGCAGAACCUCCUAUUGCUGCUACCUGAGGAGGAAUACCAGCAAAGAGAUGAAGUGGAGGAAAGCGAGUUUGAUGAGCGAUACUUUUCGACCAAAGCCGCUCUGCUGCAGUUGGCGGAAAGGAUCAAACCGCCGUCCACAGGCCCUUCCACAAGUGCAUCGACUUCGAACAGUGAUACAGGCGUGAUGCAAGUUCUGGAGCAGCAGACAACGUUGAUUCAGAGAAUGGCCGAGCGGUCGGUUGAAAGCGACGGCAGUGCGUUGGCACGAAUAAUAGAACAGCAAAAUCAAUUACUAGAAAGAUUAAGUACGCGAUCUAACACGCCCGCACGAGAACCUCACGUAAAAUUGCCAGUAAUCCAGUUGCCGUCAUUUGACAGAAAUAUGGAAGAGUGGAAGCGAUACUCCGACACAUUUAAAACGUUGAUACACGACAGCGAUCUGACCAAUGUGCAGAAGCAUCAAUAUUUGGUUGGUUCGUUGAGCGGCCAAGCCGCUAAAAUAAUCGAGUCGAUAGACAUUUCCGAGAACAAUUACGCCAUCGCUUGGGACUUGUUGAAAAAAAGAUACGAUGACGAGCGAGGCAUUCGGAAGCGGCACAUACAGUGUUUGUUCGAGCUACCAUUGGUGAAACGAGAAUCAGCCAGUGCGAUCCAAGAUUUAGUGGAUCAUAUUCAAAAACAUUUGCGAGUUUUACAAGCAAUGGGACUCCCUACCGAGUCAUGGGGAGAUCUAAUUAUUUAUUUGAUCGAGAAGAAUUUGGACAACGCGACAAGAAGACGUUGGGAGGAGCACAUCGAGCAAAGGGACGGUGUGACGACAAGCGUGAUGAUCGAGUUUUUGCAGCGGCAAUGUCAGCUGUUGCGGCGAGCGACUUCGGACAGCGAAAGCGUCAACAAGGCAAAGGACGACAUUCGCGAGAAGGACAAAACGAGUAAGCAGCGAUCGUUGAAUUCAAAGGCACAAGGCAAGACGACACUGUCAACAAUCACACAGGAGCGACGGUGUUACCUGUGCCAAGGCCAGCACCUUAUUUAUUCGUGCAAACUAUUUCUGGGCUUACCCGUUGAGGAUAGAAUCCGGGAAAUUAAGCGAUUGAAACUUUGUCUCAAUUGUCUCAGAAAUGAUCAUUUUUCGAGAGAUUGCAGGUCCGGUUCAUGUCGAGAGUGUGGUGAGCGGCACAACACGCUAUGCCACGUCGUGAAGCGGGCAUCCUGUUCGUCAGCGGAUUCGGCAGGUGGUUCGGCGGACCGUUCGAGGGAGUCAUCCGGGACCACGCUGAGCUCUGUGGCGGACACGGAGAUGGGAGCAUCAACCAGUAACAACGAGUCAUCGGGGAACAUGUCGGUUCAACACGCCCGAGGCGAGCGUAAGCAAGUACUGAUGUCAACGGCUAUUGUAAAUAUCGAAUCAAAUAAUAACGAUAAUCAAUUGCGUGUAUUAUUGGAUAGUGCGAGCGAAGUCAACUUUAUCACUUUAGCAGCGUGUAAUAGAUUAAACAUAAAAUUAGAAAGCGUAUGCGAAUCCAUAAACGGUCUAAAUAAUAUGAGUUGCGCGAUAAAAUACGGUUGUCAAAUUUCGAUGAAAUCGCGAAUGUCGAAGUUCGAGUUGAGCCUUUGUUGUUUGGUUGUCCCGAAAAUAACCAAAAAUUUGCCUUCGUUUUCCAUUAAGAUAUCAAAAUUGUCGAUUCCAGAAAAUCUAAAAUUGGCAGACCCGUUCUUUUACAAUCCAGGUCAUAUUGACGCGCUCAUAGGCGGAGAAUUCUUCCUUCAAUUGUUGGAAGCCGGUAAGAUUGAACUCGGGAAUAGUUUGCCGGCAUUACAAAACACUAAGUUCGGUUGGAUUGUGUCGGGCCCAGUACCACAACAUUUGAUCGCGAGUCGGACGACCAAUCACCAACCUUCAAAUAAUCAUGUAUGUUUGGUUACGCAGCAAAUAUCAUUAGACGAUACUUUGCGGAAAUUCUGGGAAUUGGAAGAAUACACCGAUAACAACACAAGGUUGUCGAAGGAAGAACAGUACUGCGAGAAUCAUUUCGCAAACACAACAAAGCGAGACGCGUCCGGGCGGUUUGUCGUUCGACUACCUUUCCGCGAAAACAGGGCUCAGCUCGGACAAUCGAGAGACAUCGCGAUGAAGCGUUUAAUUUGUUUGGAACGGAAAUUUCAACGGGAACCGGAAUUAUACAAAUUGUAUUCCGAGUUUAUGCGGAAAUAUAUCGAUUUGAAUCAUAUGUCUAAGGUCAACGGGGACGCUCGAAUACCAAAUCCAGUCUAUUUGCCGCACCAUGGCGUUCUUCGUGAAUCGAGCACAACUACUAAGCUGCGAGUGGUAUUCAAUGCGUCCUCGAAGACCACCUCGGGCAUUUCAUUGAACGAUACGUUGAUGAAGGGACCGAAUUUACAGGAUAGCAUAAUUAACCUAAUGUUGCGAUUUCGUUUGCACGCCGUUGCGAUCACGGCUGACUUGCGAAAAAUGUAUUGCCAGGUUUUAGUACACGAGGAUGGCCGCGAUUAUCAGAGAAUUCUAUGGCGUUUUUCCCCGAUUGAUUCGGUAGAUGACUAUUGGUUGAAUACCGUGACUUAUGGAGCUGAUAGCGAGCCCGAAGCUAUUAAAGUAGUCUCACAAUUGGAGAGUCUGUUACGCGAAGGGGGUUUUAAGACUCACAAAUGGCGCUCAAAUCGUGAGGGAGUUGUACCUGAGCCGCUUGCUGUCGAUCGAGUCGAGGAGUCGUCGGUGUUGGAGAUUGACGCAAGUGCCGUAAAGACAUUGGGAUUGGGUUGGCAUCCCAAAUCAGACAUGUUUCAGUUUUCCAUCGAGCCUAUAACGAGUUCAGUUAAGACCAAGCGCGAGGUUUUGUCAAUGAUUUCUAAAUUGUUCGAUCCACUCAGAUUGAUCGGACCCAUUUUGACUCGAGCUAAGUUGAUCAUGCAAGGGACUUGGUUAGCGAGUCUGGGUUGGGAUGAGCCGUUGACGGACGAUCUUCGUCAGGCAUUGGAGGCUUAUACGGAAGAUUUACGAGAGGCACGCGUUGCACCGGUUAAAAGUAGGACUAUCACGCUGCCUAGGCUCGAGCUAUGCGGUGCUGUGGUGCUUGUACAUUUGGUGCAAGGCGUUAAGAAGGCUCUCAAGAUAAAGUUCGAUGAGGAGCACGCAUGGAGCGACUCUAAGAUAUCCAUUCUUCCGUCGAGACAUUGGCAUCAUGUGAACGGAAACGAGAACCCUGCGGAUUUGAUUUCGAGGGAUACAAGCUUGAAAAUUUUGAGGCAGAGCAAAAUCUGGUGGGAGGGUCCCGAUUGGUUGUCACGUUCCGAUGAUUGCGAGCUACGUAAGAUGAAAACGCUGAGUCUUACCGAGGAAGACGAGAAAACCAUUCGGGCAGAACGGGUUUCCAGUACGCGAGUCUUCGUGAGCGUUGGCAUUUCAGAUGACGUUGCGGAGUUCUUAUUAAAUAAAUACUCUUUACUGUCAAGGAUCGAACGCAUUCUGGCUUGGAUCGUUCGAUUCGGCUUUAAUGUUAGAAGGAAUCGCGACAAUCGUAGUUUGGAUUGUCUGACAAUUGACGAGAUUCGCCGCGCGCAUCAGUUAUUGAUUGUAGCGGUGCAGAGAGUUCAUUUUUCCGAGGAAAUGUCAAGCCUAUUGUCGGGGAAACAAAUUCGAUCUAGUAGCAAAUUGUUGUCGCUCAAUCCGUUUGUGGAUAAGAGAGGACUUCUCGGGGUGGGCGGCAGAAUUCAAAACUCUCAAGUGGCCUUUGAGAAGAAACAUCCAAUCAUUCUACCAUCCGAUAGUAGAUUCACGAGGUUGUUGUUCGAAAAGGAACAUCGUAGACUAUUGCAUAUAGGUCCACAGGCAUUGUUGUAUUCUAUUCGAGAAAAAUAUUGGCCUUUCAAAGGGAAAAUCAUCGCCAGAAAAAUCACACAUGAUUGCAUAACUUGUUUCCGCAACAAGCCGAAACCAUUAUCGCAGAUCAUGGGUGAUUUAAUGAUCGCUCUUCCGGAUGCUGACGUAACAGACAUUCCUUUAAAUCGACUCGAUCGCUGGCAAGCGGUUCAGAGAAUCGCGCAAGAUUUUUGGAAGCGAUGGAGCCGAGAAUAUUUGACGUCACUGCAAGGCAGAACGAAAUGGACGUCCGAGCGAGACAAUUUAGCCAUUAACGAUGUUGUCUUGAUACAAGAUAACAAUGCGCCGCCAUUAAGGUGGAAAUUAGGAAAGGUAAUCCAGGUUUACGAGGGUACCGACGAAAGG